AUGAAAAAAAAGAGAGAAAGGGAGAAGGGAAGGGAGCGAGGCCCGGACAGCAGCGCAGCCCCGGAGCCGUGGCCCUGCCUGAUCACUGACCCGGCUGGUGGAGGCGGCCGGCCCGGGCUCCCGUGUGAGCGGGCCGCGGCUGCGGGCACUGCCGGCCCCUCACGGCCCCCCACGGCCCCCACGGCCCCUCACGGCUUCCACGGCCUCUCACAGCCCCUCACGGCCCCUCACAGCCCCCCACGGCCCUCAAGGCCCCCACGGCCCCCCACGGCUUCUCACGGCCCCUCAAGGGCGCUGGGCGCGCAUUUCCUCGUCGGGACACACACACUCAGAGCGCGCCUCCGCCUUCGCUGCAGACAUGAGACUCCAGCUGCUGCUUUGGAUAGUGGCUGUGCUCCUGGCGAGCCUCCUCCCAGCCUACGGACAGCGGCCAGCCAACCUGGCCCUGCGCAGGAAGCUCCACCGGCACGGCUGCUCCCACCGGCGCUGCGUGCCGCUGCACUCCAGGGUGCCCUUCCCCUGAGCCCCGGCGCAGCGCCCACAGGACUUUUCAGUGUUUUAAAGGAGCAACAGUUAAACUAAUAAGAGGAGUUUGUCAAAAGUCCAGAUCAACAACAGCUGACCUGAUAGCCACCACAGUCCCAUCUUCAGCAGUCCUGUCUGCCACAUUCUACUGGACCUGGACUAAAGGCCCUGUCUCACACCCAGUGGUGGUGGGGGCAAGAACUGUGGUGACGGGUGAUGUACAUGAACUUACCUGCAAAUUAUUUGGGUCUCACAAUGAGUAGUGAAAGUUAAAGAUCAAGUCAAACAUCAGGUAGAUUUUGAUCUGAGCUAGAUUUCCAGGGGCAGUAAGAAAGAAAGAUGUGUCCAAGGGCACUCUUGAUGCUAUAUAAUGUUCAGACUGAGUGAAAUUGAAAGGGCUGUUGACUACCCAGCUCAGGCUGUGUAUGAGACAGUGUUUAGGAUGAGAUAGUAUCAGACUCCAGAAAGGAGUUAUGGAAGUCCCAUUUUUUGUUUAUACUUUUAUAUAUUAAUAAUAUAUACAUAUGCUCUAACAUCUAACAUUACAUCUUUAUGGCAUUACCUUAAUAAUAACAUAGAAUGCGUUACUAUAAUAGUACCAAAGUCAUCACCACACUAGUGGUCCCACUGGCUUCAUGUGUAGUAAGGAUAGUAAGAGUUUACAAUAUCAGAAAGCAAAGAGAGUGUUAUUCCUCAUUCUAUAGAUAGAGUUGAAGCACACAGAGAUAAGAGAUUAGCCAAGGGUCAUGCAAAACUGAUAACUCAGAUCUCUCAAGCCAGGCCUUAAGGUCAAGCCCAUCCUCCUGUCUAAUGAGCUGUUACUGCAAAGUCUAUCAUUUGUUUUCUUAAACUGGGCUGCCAAAUUAGACAGUUAAAACUAGCUUGAAAAUUCAGUACUAUAGAGCUAUUUGCUUAAUAGUAGUUUUCCUAAAAUACCUGCUACAGUGUUAUAAAUAGAGCAUAAAAAUAGACCAUUGAAAAGAAACCUUUGUUUGGUCAGCCCGAGUGUUGCAGAGCACUCUAUUCCUGUCAUUUAAAUGAAUGGGAUAUUUGAACAUAGCACUACAAUGAAUGAAGACCUCAAACAGAAAACAGGCCGUUCUUUUCAGCACUGGAGGUCAAGAAUACCUUGAGCUUUUAGUCUGAGGUUUGUUCUUAAAAAUACAUGCUUCACAUAUGCCUUUUAUAUCAGCAGAAAUUACUACCUACAUAUGAAAGAAAAUGUGGUAGCCCGUUGAUUAGCAUAAAUAAAACAACCUGAAAACAAAACAUACCCAGAUUUUUAAAUCAUUGCACUAGACUUGAAAUGUCAGCAUAUUUUGCAAAAUAUAUAAAGACAAUCAAAGAUCAGAAGUGCUGUGGUUUAAAUCUGGCAUUACAUUUUUUUUCUUACAACACGUCUCUAAUUAAUGAAAGAACAGCAAUCAAAAAAACUAGAUAGCUGAAACUUUCUAAUCCGUGUGCAUAUGUAACCCCUUAUCUCUAAGAAACUGAAACCUUACUUGAAUUAAUACUGGCAGAGUUUAACAGGAGUUACAAAUGGAAAAAAAAUUAAAGUGCAACAUCAGACCCGGUUCUGGAGUUGUGUAAAACCAUCAUAAAAAGAUAGUCAAACUUACCUAAAUCAACAAGCAAUCCUGUAGGUAAACCUUUGGAGUCUUGGGAAAAAAAAAAAAAAAAAAAAGCAGUCUCCCAAAGAGAUAUUUUACCACUUAUAUAUAUUUUUUAAAUUAUUUAUUUAACUUGGCUUUGAUAUAUAACCUUGGCUAUCUCUGUUUGGAAGUACAGGUAUAGAAUGUGGGAAAGCAAGAAAGGUGAAGAGUAGCUAUUUAAAAGUUAUGUCUUAUGAAUGAGUAUAUGGAUCUAUUGUGGCACUGGAUCUUUUAUAUAACCACAGUUAUUCAAUUAACUUUGAUGAAAUUGUAAAAAAUGCAUAAUGUGUUUAUCAGAAAGCUAUAAAUGCAUGGUCCUUCACAGAAGUAAAAAUAAAACAGC